AUGGGAUAUGUAGCUGAGACAGGUGUCAGCAUGGAUCAUGGUAUCGUUGGCGGUAAUGUGUCCAUUCCACACAGUCGCCCAUACAUGGUCUACAUUCGUGACAAAUACACACCUUUAGCAUGUGGUGGAUUUUUGAUAAGAGAAGAUUUUGUGAUGACGGCUGCCCACUGCAAAAGAGAUCAUCUGAUGGUGUAUUUGGGUGUUCAUGACACGAAUCAUUUACCUGCUGGUAUACCCGUCGAUGCCUUUCUACAUCCAAAUUUUGAUUCCAAGAAUUUGAAUAAUGACAUCAUGCUACUAAAGCUUAAAACACCAGGAACUCUGAACAAGACUGUGAAUAUCAUUGCCCUGCCAGAAAAUCACAAAAAUAAAAUCUCAAGGAACUGCAUGGUCAUGGGUUGGGGCUUACAAGAAUACAAUGGGAAGUUUCCAUCAAGAGUCCUGAGAGAAGUGAACUUGACUCGUUUACCCUCUAAAAAUUGUGCCACACACUACACUUUGUGCACUAAGAAAGAAGCCGGGCCAGCAUUGCAAAGGUCUGAUAAACAAUCUCUCUUAGGUGUCGGUAUUGUUGGUGGUAAGGUGUCCAUUCCACACAGCCACCCAUACAUGGUCUACAUUCGUGACACACAAACACAUUCAGCAUGUGGUGGAUUUUUGAUAAGAGAAGAUUUUGUGAUGACGACUGCCUCAUGCAAAAGAAAUCACCUCAUGGCAUAUUUGGGUGUUAAUGACACAAAUGAUUUACCUGAGGGUAUAGAGGUCGAUGCCUUUCCCCAUCCAAAUUUUAAUUCCAAGAAUAUGACUGGUGACAUCAUGCUACUAAAGCUUAAAACACCAGGAACUCUGAACAAGACUGUAAAUAUCAUUACCCUGCCAAAAAAUCCCAAAAAUAAAAUCUCAAGGAAAUGCAUGGUCAUGGGUUGGGGCUUACAAAAAUACAAUGGCAAGUUUCCUUCAAGAGUCCUGAAAGAAGUGAACUUGACGGUAUUACGCUCUAAAAAUUGUGCCAUACGUCACAAUUUAUGCACUCAGGAUAAUGUCGGGCCAGCACCGGGAGACUCUGGUGGUCCACUUAUCUGUGGAAAAAAUGCAGUGGGCAUUGUGUCUUACUACAUAAUGGACAAGUCUACAAGCUACCUUACAAUGUAUACUAACAUUUCUCACUACCUUCCAUGGAUUCAUAAAAUCAGUGAAAACAUGAUAGCACAUUCACAAGAGAAACGUAAACCAGGGAUUGCGACGCCAGACAAACAAGAGCAACCCAAACCAGGGAUGGCGACACCGGACAAACAAGAGCAACGCAAACCAGUGAUAGCUACGCCAGAUAAACAAGAGCAACACAAACCAGUGAUAGCUACGCCAGAUAAACAAGAGCAACACAAACCAGGGAUGGUGACGCCAGACAAACAAGAGCAACGCAAACCAGUGAUAGCUACGCCAGAUAAACAAGAGCAACACAAACCAGGGAUGUUGCACAAAAUGACGCUGGAUGAAGUCAACGUGUUUCAUAUUAGAGCAUGUCUCGUUUAA